AUGGUUCCAAAACAAUUCCAGAGCCGGGUGCUACAGGAGUUACACGAAGGGCAUUUAGGGAUUGUAAAGAUGAAAGCGAUAGCAAGAUCGUUCGUGUUUUGGAAGAACAUAGACAAGGAUAUAGAAGAAGCAGUAAAGAAUUGUGUCCACUGCGCGCAAAUUAAAACAGAUCCCCAAAAAGCCAAAGUCCACCAUUGGGAGUACCCAAGCAAACCUUGGGAAAGGCUACAUGUUGAUUUUGCUGGGCCAUUGUUCGGAUAUAUGUAUCUGAUCAUCGUUGAUGCACAUUCUAAAUGGCUGGAAGCGUAUCCAAUGAAGAAUACAACAGCAUUGAAGACGAUCGAAUGUCUUAGGGACUGCUUCGCGAGGUUUGGACUUCCACUGAUGAUAGUUAGUGACAACGGGCCUCAGUUCAAGUCCGAUGAAUUUAAGAUCUUCCUGAGCCAGAACGGGAUUAAGCAUAGACCUUCAGCUCCAUUCAAGCCUUCCAGCAAUGGUCAAGCUGAAAGGUAUGUGUUUACCGUCAAGCAAUCUCUUCGCGCCAUGAAGGAGUACCCCGGCACCAUCCAGCAAAAGCUCAGCACCUUCCUGAUGCAAUAUAGGAAGGCUCCGAAUAUGACCACCCUCCACAGCCCGGCAAUGCUGCUGAUGAAGCGUGAGAUCCGGACACGCAUCGACCUGGUGAAACCGGAUCUGCACGCCAGGGUCCAAGACAGGAUUAGGAAGGAUAACUUUCAGUUCUCGGAUCGUGUCUUUCGCAUAGGGGACAACGUGGCAGUGCGCAACUACCGUCACGGUGAUAAAAGGUGGAAGUUUGGGAAAGUUGUCAGUAAAGACGGACAACUCCACUAUACCAUCAACGUAAAUGGGCAACUGUGGCGGCGCCACGUCGACCAAAUGAGGGACGGUGGGAAUCUGGAGAACCAGGAAUGGGAACGAAUCGGCAAGGCUCCAAAUCUUGCUUCCAGGACCCACUGUUCUACUGCGACAACAGCAGCGGAUGCUACAACAAAUGGGAGUUCAGCAGAGCCACCAGCUGAACCAGUCGUCUUGCUGGCCAACACCAACCAGGCUGAACCAGCGAUGGAUGGCAACACCACCGCAGCCAGUCCUGUGUCGCCAACAGCAGAUCCGCCUCUUCUGCGCAGAUCCACAAGAUCUAGAAAAGCUCCACAGAGACUGGAUUUGUAA